CGGAAGAAGAGCUUUGGGACGCAAGUUCCGCGACGUCUACCUGCCGACUCUGAAGGCCAACUUCGUCCUCUGGCCUGCAGUUCAGAUUCUGAACUUCCGCGUUGUGCCAAUCCAGUUCCAGAUCGUAAGUGCAAUUCUGUACGCUUCAAAGCGCGCUGACAGGGCCCGGGCUAACUUUAUGUUUUCUUCGUAGCCCUUUGUAUCCACCAUCGGUAUUGCCUGGACUGCGUACCUGUCCUUGACCAACUCGUCGGAAGAAGAGUAAUUCAAGACGCAUGGCCGCCUUUCUGCGCUUGAUUCCCCUCUUUGGCAGUCUUCGAUUCCUGGUAUUUUCUUGUGUUCUUCUAUGUUUCUGCUCACUCGGCGUUGGAAGUGACCACGGGGCGGGGUGUUCUGAUCGGGUUCCUAUGGACGGUGUACAGGUUUAUCCACCGUUGUCGACCAUGUUUCAACAGGCGUUUUCUUCAGGCUUUCGCUAUACAGGACAGAGAGAAAAGAAAAAAGAGUAUCAUUAUGCAAGGCGGACAGCACCGGGGGUGCAGAGGAUAGAACACCGAAGGCCCGAGGUCCUCAGGCCACCCACCUCGUAAGGUAUAAGGUAUUGAUCAGACAAUCCUCGGACGAGGCCAAGAGCAGCAAAGUCCCCAGACACCCGACGCGGCAAAUCCCAACUCCCCGGCUGGCCCAGCCCGAGGCUAUCAGGGGCAGAGUUAUCGUGGCAGGCAACGCAUGCCCGGAUGCUUCCGUCAUCGAUCACUGACAUCAGUCCCGCAAGCGCCCGAUGCGUCAGCGAAACUCUCACCGGACGCCCCACCAGUGCGACAAAACCAAUGCCAGCUACCCCGCCGCUCAACCGACCGGUUCAGACUC